UUUUGUUCGCGUAGUUAGUAAUUAUUAUAUUUCGAGAAAAUAUAUGCACUUGAAAAAAGAGUUCAUUGAUUUAAAUAACUUACUAAACAAGUAAAGAUAUUGAAUUUAUUAAAAUUUGAUCAAUUUUUUUUCAACUUAUUAAAAUUUGAUCAAUUACAUCUAUAGGUUAUAAAGAGCAUAGGUUAUAAACAUUGACAGUUUAAGUUAAAUACAACCACGUGCACGAACAAUUUUGUUGUAUAUAAAUUGACUAUUUUCAAAUAAAUUUCUUGCGUUCUAUCUCAUUAUUCUGAAACAUAUUUCUCGGCAGUAUGUGAUGUAAUUAAGAUCGUUUGGAAAGUAUUUUGCAAUUGUUUGAUUAAACAUGAAUAAACGAAAGUUCGAGGAAGGGAAUGAUAGCAAGCAAAACACUGAAAAUUCUUCAAGUGUUCAACGAAUUUUAUCACGUUUGAAAUCAGAUAAGGGUGAUAUAUUGCCAGGAGGUUUGCUAGACUUGCCUAUAAAUAUUACUGUCGAUAAGUUACAAGAAAUUUGUAACGCACUUCUACAGAACGAGGAACCAAUACCUUUUGCCUUUUAUGUGAAUGAUAUUGAGAUCACAGAUAGUUUGGAAAACAAUAUUAAAGAAAAUUUUAGCACUAGCGAAGAUGUAGUUGAAAUUAUAUAUCAGCCGCAAGCAAUUUUUAAAGUUAGGGCAGUUACUCGAUGUACUGGAUCAUUGGAAGGUCACAAAGAGGCUGUAAUAUCAGUUGCCUUUUCACCAGCUGGAACAUGUUUAGCUAGUGGUUCUGGAGAUACAACGGUUAGAUUUUGGGAUAUAUAUACACAAACUCCACAGUAUACAUGCGAAGGUCAUAAACAUUGGGUAUUAUGUAUAUCAUGGUCCCCAUGUGGAACUAAACUUGCAUCUGCAUGCAAAAAUGGUACAAUUUUAUUAUGGAAUCCAAAAACAGGAAAACAAAUAGGAAAAGCAAUGCUAGGGCACAAAAUGUGGGUUACUUCUUUAUGUUGGGAACCAUAUCAUAAGAAUCCUGAAUGUCAGUAUUUAGUUAGUGCUUCGAAAGAUAAUGAUUUAAGGAUAUGGGACACAGUACGGUCACAAACUGUUCGUACUCUCUCUGGUCAUACAAGAAGUGUGACAUGCGUUAAGUGGGGUGGAUGUGGCCUCAUUUAUUCUGCAUCGCAAGAUAGAACUAUCAAAGUGUGGAGAGCCGAUGAUGGGAUUUUGUGCAGGACUUUAGAAGGUCAUGCACAUUGGGUGAACACUUUAGCAUUGAAUGUGGAUUAUGUACUUAGAACUGGCCCUUUUAAUCUUGGAAAAGACCAAGAAACAAUUGAAAAUCGCGUGGAAUAUGCAAAAAAGCGUUAUGAAUCUGUAGGUGAAGAAAUACUUGUGUCUGGUUCUGAUGAUUUUACAUUGUUUCUCUGGAGACCAGAAAAAGAAAAGAAAUUUAUCGCAAGAAUGACAGGACAUCAACAAUUAAUUAAUGAUGUGAAGUUCUCACCAGAUGGUCGCGUAAUUGCAUCUGCUUCAUUUGACAAGUCUAUAAAAUUGUGGGAAUCAAGGACAGGAAAGUACAUAACUUCAUUACGAGGUCAUGUGCAAGCUGUGUACUCAAUCUCAUGGAGUGCAGAUUCUCGUUUACUUGUCAGUAGUAGCGCAGAUUCUACUUUAAAACUAUGGAGUUUAAAAACGAAGAAACUUUGUCAGGACUUACCAGGUCAUGCAGAUGAAAUUUAUGCAGUGGAUUGGUCUCCGGACGGGUUACGUGUUGCUUCGGGUGGAAAAGAUAAAAUUUUGCGACUUUGGCAGAAUUGAAUAAUGUACAUAACAAUAAAUUUUUCCUAAUAUAUAGUCU